AUGUCUGCUCCAACGUAUGUAUUAUUCGUUUCUUUGUUUUCCGUGAAGGUCAAAUAGGUAAGGAUCAAACAUGUGGCGAGGGUUCCCCAGGUUCAUUCUACGUGGCGGCUAUUACUCCUAGGGUGGAUAAAGUAGUAGGUUUGCAUUAGUAAAACAUGAAGGAACAAUCAAUGAUAUAUUAUUGUGAUAGUUUUGACAGCUACUAGUUUGAAUUGAUGAAAGGUUGCAUAGUUUGGCCGACUACCGAAAUCGGAUUAAGUUUUCAAAAGAUAAGCAUAUACUAACAAUUUUUGUAGUGGUGAUAUUGGUUUAA